UCACCCUCAACUAUCGGCCUUUGGCCGUUGCCACCCCUAACUAACACUUUGACACCCGGCACCCUCAACUUGACUUUUUGUUUGUGCUGGCACCACUCAGUUAAAUCUUCACUAACUGAGUUUGUUUUUUAUCGAACGUGGCACAUAUUUGAUGAUUUGGACCUGAUUACAUGGCGAAUGAUGGCCAGUCAUCAAUCAUAUUCUUCAAACAAGAAAUAUACAACCAUUUUCUUUCUCUCUCACAACAACCCAUCGUCAGUCAUCAUCUUCAAACAAGAACCUUCAUCAAUCAUCAUCUUCAAACAACCACCUUCAUCAAUCAUCAUCUUCAAACAACAAUCUGGGUUAUCCACUUCCACCCAUCUUAUUCUCAUCUAAUCUCUAAACCCUAGUCACCCUUACACCUUUAGAUUCUAGAGAGAGAAAACGUCCAUAGAGAGAGAGAGAGAGAGAGAGCCGCGAGAUGAUGUUGGUGGUGGUUGUUCUUGAAUCUGAGCGAAGGGGCGGUGGUAGAGUUAGGGGCGGCGGCGGAUCUAGGGGCGACGGCAGAGUUAGGGGCGCCCAGCGGAUCUAGGGGCGACGGCAGAGUUAAGGGCGGCGGCGGCGUCGGUGUUUAUGGUGGUGACAGUGGUGUUAGGGUGGUAGAUGAGUUGAUGUUCGUGGUGUUCUUGAAUCUAAGGUUUAGAUGAGUUGAUGUUUGGCGGUGUUUUUGAAUAUGAGAUUUAGGUGAGUAGAUAUUUGGUGUUGUUCAUGAAUCUGAGAUUUAGGUGAGUAGAUGUUUGGUGUUUUUGAAUAUGAGAUUUAGAUUGAAGUCGGAUGAUAUGAUGUUGGUGGAUGAAAUAAUUUAGGUUGGUUUAAGUUCUUCAAGGUGGUUGUAUAGAUCUGAAACAAAUGAUGAGAUGACGUUGGUGGUGGUUAUGAAGAUGGAAUUUGAAGAUGAUGUUUAAGAUCGAUGAUGAUGUUUAUGUUCCAGAAUUUAUUUUCUUUAUUUUGAAGAUCUCAUGUUCAAAUUUUCAGUUCAUGUUUUCAAUUGCAGAUGUUCAUUGUUUGAAGAUGUUCAUAUUUUCAUUGGCAAACACUAGUGUUAUAAAGAAGGUGAUGAAGGUUAGUGACACAUCAUUCGCCACGUAAUCAGAUCCAACUCAUCAACUAUGUGCCACGUUGGAUAAAAAACAAACCCAGUUAGUGAAGAUUUAACUGAGUGGUGCCAGCACAAACAAAAAGUCAAGUUGGGGGUGCUGGGUGUCAAAGUGUUAGUUAGGGGUGGCAACGGCCAAAGACCGAUAGUUAGGGGCGAUAAAAUCCAAUAACCAUUUUCUGGAGGAUACUGUGGUUUCCCCCUCUCCAAAGAUGAUGGAGAUUCACGGUCUCCACGGAAGAAGUCAAACCAUGUUAAACUCAAAAAUGCAUACGCCUCAAACUCUAGUUCUCAUCAUCAACUCUGUUUAUCAUUAUAAUAUCUCCUUUUUUUUAAGUUUUCAUGUGUGUAUCUUUUGUAAUUAAAACAGAUUCAACGUCGUCAUCAUUUUCAUUCGUUGAAAAGGAUCUCUUGAAAAUAAAAAAUGUCCCCAAGACUUAAGCGCUUCUAAGGCUUGUGUCCCUGAAAAUCGACGGUCUUCUAGACAACUUUACGGGUGGAUCUGCCUAUGAUUUUCUGUUCAAAGUGGGAUGCUUCCAUAUUUGAAGCUAGCGAAACAGCUUCGGGAGUUUACUCUGCCAUGUAUUCUGAUGAGUACAUUCAAGAUGAGGUUGAGGUCAUCAUCAAAAAGAUUUCCAAAGUGAAUUUUGAGAGCGAUUUGAGUGAAGCGGUCGUUAAAAAGCUCUUUUUCGUCGGCAAGAGCAAGGGGGCACCCGAGAGGGUGAUUCAAAUAUGGUUCCCUGAUAACCGCCCACCAAAGUGGGCCGUGGAACUAAUUGAAAAACACGCUAGCAACAAAGAUUUUGAGAGCUUCUUUCCCCCAAAAAUUUCUUCUUUAAGGAGUCCCCCUUUCCGGGAUCAGACUGUGGUCAUAUUUUUGUAUGGAAGAAAAAAAUCCUAGAUCCGCCACCGAUCCUAAUCGUAGUUUAUUUAUAUUCUUUUGUAUUGCUUUGUCAUACCAUUAUCCUAAUCAUAGUUUGCUUAUAUUCUUGUAACUUUUUUAUAUGUA